AUGGAAAAACUACCGAUCCACUCCAAGGAAGGAUAUGGUGACACUCUUCAACUAGAAAAUAACCCCUACCGUCGUGCACGUCCUAGCACAACCACCUAUUUGUGUCGGGUCGGUGUCAUCGCGUUGUUCUUCAUCGGCUACAUUUUGCUUCUACGGCCGUCUUCCCCACGAUGUAGCGACAUAGCCCAAACGGAGAAUUAUAGAGCUGAGGUUCAAGAAGAGCAUGACAGCUACUCACAGCUGGGACGCUUUGCUUCUGAUGCACAUCAGACACUUGAGCAAACUAAGAUACCGCUGGAGGCCCACAUUAUGAGCAAAUGCCCAGAUGCCCAAGCCUGCUUGCAAAAACUCGUUCUACCAGCCAUGGAAAGAAUCAGUGACAAGGUGGACUUCAAACUGUCAUUUAUUGCUAGCGUGUCUAAAGAUUCCGAAGAGAUAGAAUGCAAGCAUGGCCCAGGUGAAUGCAUUGGUGACAUGAUCAUGCUCUGUGCGGCCAACCUUCCUUUCCCUCCCACCGCGGACGAAGCGUCUCUUCCAUCUCAGUACCCCCGGACCCCUAUUAUCCGGUCGCUAGGAUUCGCAAACUGUCUGAUCAAUGACUUUGCCCGGAUCCCCGACCGCGAAUUUAUCCAUCACUGUGCAUUGGAGCAUGGGAUUGACUUUGACGCCUUAAACAAGUGUGCGAGCCAACAGAAUGAUGACCCGAACGAUGGCAAUGACGGCGGACCACCGCUCAGUGGCAUUGCGUUAUUACGCGAAAGCGCUCUGCAUGGCGAACAACUUGGUGUUAAGAUUAGUUGCACAGUGCGUCUCGAUGAUGUUGUCUGGUGCAUCCGUGAUAACGACGAGUGGAAAAACUGUGCCCAGAAUGGACAAGGCAGCCAACCCUCAGCCCUGAUCGAUCAAGUCGAAAAGCUCUGGAAGGAGAGAAACUGA